CGCGCCGUCAUUUGGUCCAAGGCUUGUGCGUUCCAAAGACUCCCGAGCGUCGCGCGGCUAGAAAAUGUGAAUGAUGAACGCGUAACCAACCACCGCAAAUGUACUUCGCGUUUUCUUUGUGCUUGUGACUUUCUGGAUACCGAGACGUAGGGCACUGGACGGUUGAUAAUUCCAGCGGAUCUGACCUUACAUGUAAUGCUGGAGACCAGGUAUGGUGUGAUGGCUCCACUGUGGAUCUCCUUCGUACUCCUGCUCACUGGAGCAUCUUUGGGAGUUAUGGAGAUGGGACCACUCUUUCAGCGACGGCCGGAUCAUGGCACCUCACCUUCUCCCAGGAACAUCACUCUGGCUGUCAUCUUACCUCUUCACAACACUGAGUACCCAUGGGCGUGGCCCCGGGUGGGGCCCGCCCUCCACCGGGCUCUGGAGAAAGUGAACUCUGACCCAACCCUCCUGCCAGGCCACCAUAUGCAGCUGGUCUUUAGCAGCAGUGAGAACAAAGAAGGUCUGUGUUCGGACUCAGUGGCGCCCCUGGUGGCCGUGGAUUUGAAGUUCGCCCAUGACCCGUGGGCCUUCAUCGGGCCGGGGUGUGACUACGCGUCCUCGCCCGUGGCCCGCUUCACCACGCACUGGGAGGUUCCCAUGGUGACAGCCGGCGCCCGCGCACUGGGCUUCAACAUGUACUCGUCCAUCACCAACACGGGUCCCACACACAAGAAGCUGGGCGAAUUCGUGGCACGCAUGCACCACAGCUUUGGCUGGCACAGGUAUGCCAUGCUGAUGUUCCACGACAAGAAGAACGAUGACCGGCCGUGCUACUUCGCAGUGGAGGGCCCGUACACAGAGAUGCGGGCAUACAACAUCACAGCGGUGGAUAUGGUGUUCAACGAGGAUGCAGAGCCAGUGCCGUAUGCAGAUCUGGUCCACGAUAUCAGGCAGCAAGCCCGUGUGGUGUAUGUCUGCUGUAAGUGGGAGACAUUCAGGAAACUGAUGGUGCAGUUCUGGAAGCAGCGGCUUCCUCCAGAGGAGUACGUCUUCUUCUUCAUCGACCUGUUUGGAGAGAGCCUGCGAAGCCACCCGGCCAAGCCCUGGGCCCGAGGAGACGCUGACGACCAUGCUGCCAAAGAGGCAUUUAAGAGUGUGAAGAUAUUGACCUACAGAGAGCCUCAGAAUCCCGAAUACAAAGAGUUUGUGUCCAAACUGAAGACCGAUGCCAAGAAAAUGUUCAACUUCACUGUUGAAGACUCUCUGAUGAACUUGAUUUCUGGAGGGUUCCAUGAUGGCAUGCUGUUGUAUUCUCACGCCCUGAAUGAAACCAUGAACCAGUCCGGUCUGCAGCCACCCGGUCAUGCCGUCACUAAGAGAAUGUGGAACCGCACCUUCCACGGUGUCACCGGCCUAGUACACAUGGAUGAGAAUGGUGAUCGAGAAAUUGAUUUUGCGCUCUGGGACAUGACUAACACAGACUCAGGAGUCUACCAGAUUGUGUCUGUGUAUAACAGCAGUGUGAAACAGAUGAUUCCAGAGGCAGGGAUGAAGGUGCACUGGAUCAAGGGCAGCCCCCCUCCUGACAUCCCUCCAUGUGGCUUUAAGAACGAUAAGCCUGCCUGCCUGGCCCGAACGGUCACCAUGCAUCAGAUGGUCUCUGUAGUGGUCUGCUUCAUCUUCAUCAUCAUCGUCACCAUCACAGUCUUCAUCUACAGAAAGGUGAAGCUGGAGAAUGAGUUGACUGCUCAGCUGUGGAGAGUGUACUGGGAGGACAUUCAGAUUAGUAACCUGGAUAAGGCACUACGCAGGGCGUGCAGCAGACUUACCCUUUCACUGAGGGGUUCCAACUAUGGCUCCCUGCUGACCAUGGAAGGCAAUGUCCAGAUUUAUGCCAAGACCUGCUACUACAAGGGCAACAUAACAGCCAUUAAGUAUGUCAACAAGAAACGCAUCGAGCUCACCAGGAAAGUGCUGUUUGAACUGAAACAUAUGCGUGAUGUUCAGAACGAGCACCUGAACAGAUUCAUCGGUGCCUGCACUGACUCCCCACACAUCUGCAUUCUCACUGAAUAUUGUCCGCGGGGCAGCCUGCAGGACCUCAUGGAGAUAGAGAGCAUCACUUUGGAUUGGAUGUUCCGAUAUUCCCUCAUUAGUGACAUUGUUAAGGGAAUGGCGUUCCUUCACAACAGCGUGAUCAUCUCUCAUGGUAACCUGAAGUCCUCCAACUGCCUUGUGGACAGUCGCUUUGUGCUGAAGAUCACGGACUAUGGGCUGGCCAGCUUCCGCAAAGAAGACAGCACUGAGGACACACAUGCCUACUAUGCACGUGAGAGUAAGCUGUGGACAGCUCCAGAGCUGGUGCGCAUUGAUAACAGGCCGGCGUGCGGCACACAGAAGGGAGACGUGUACAGCUUCGGCAUCAUCUUGCAGGAACUUGCCCUUCUCAAAGGAGUCUUCUACCUGGACAGCCCUCCACUCAGCCCUAAAGAGAUUGUGGAGCGGGUUGCAGAGGGCCACUGGCCGUACCUCCGUCCUCAGCUGUGUGCGCAGAGCCACAGUGAGGAGUUGGGCGUGCUGAUGCAGCGCUGCUGGUCCGAGGACGCCUGCGAGAGGCCAGACUUCAACCAGAUCAAAGUGAUGCUUCACAAACAAAACAGAGGCUAUGGCUCCAACAUCCUGGACAACCUGCUGUCUCGCAUGGAGCAGUACGCGAACAACCUGGAGGAGCUGGUGGAGGAGAGGACGCAGGCAUACCACGAGGAGAAGCGCAAGGCCGAAGCCCUGCUCUAUCAGAUCCUGCCCCAUUCAGUGGCAGAGCAGCUGAAGAGGGGAGAGACUGUGCAGGCUGAGGCGUUUGACUCAGUCACCAUCUACUUCAGUGACAUCGUGGGCUUCACUGCCCUGUCAGCAGAGAGCACACCCAUGCAGGUCGUCACUUUGCUGAACGACUUGUACACGUGCUUUGAUGCCAUAAUCGACAACUUUGACGUUUACAAGGUGGAGACCAUCGGUGAUGCGUAUAUGGUGGUGUCGGGGCUGCCUGUGAGGAACGGGAAACUGCACGGCCGAGAGAUCGGCCGCAUGUCUCUGGCCCUGCUGGAAGCUGUCCACUCCUUCAGGAUCCGCCAUCGGCCUGACCAGCAGCUGCGGCUACGCAUUGGCAUCCACAGUGGUCCUGUGUGUGCUGGUGUUGUUGGAUUGAAGAUGCCAAGAUAUUGUUUGUUUGGUGACACAGUCAACACAGCCUCACGCAUGGAGUCAAAUGGAGAGGCGCUGAAGAUCCAUGUUUCUGAGGCUACACGUGCAGUACUGCAGGAGUUCAACUGCUUCCAGCUGGAGCUGAGGGGAGAUAUAGAGAUGAAAGGCAAGGGGAGGAUGAGGACCUACUGGCUUCUGGGAGAGAGCAGCUCAGAGCACGCCUGACCAGAGUGGAGACGAGGACCGUAUGAGGACAGUAUGAAAUACGCUUUCUCCUAAGAGAAGCGGCGCUUAAUGGAGAUAUAUAUGAAAUCACACAGCAAAAACAAAUGUUUACAGGCACAAGCAGCCUUGGCCAGAGAGAUGGGGAGAGAAACAUGAUGAAGAACCAGCAAGAAGACCUUCAAUGGUUUCAGGACCACUAUUACACUUCGGAAUAGCAUCUUUCUACUGCCUGUCAGAGGUUCAGGUUUCUGUCAUGUGUGAUUCAAACAAUCACAGGUUCACGUUGUCUACUUUGGACAAAAUUAAUAAAAGAUCUGCACCAUUUGGAGAAGCAGAUGAACGAUGGCCUGAAGGACUCCCUUUUUCACUGUUGCAAGCGUUGACUGAAGCUGUUGAGUUUGAGGAGAGUGCCAUCUAGUGGCUUGAUGCCAUACGUGUGUUUGCAAUGCUGAACUUGUGGGACAUUUUCCUCAGUCUUGCAGGCUUAAUAGCAGAGCGUAGGAGCCUGGUCUUCUCGUUUCAGCAGUUUCACUUUGACUAAAAGCAACAUGGUGUUUGUGAUUUCCCUGCAAAUGUCUAUGUUACUACUCAGUACUUCCUGACAUCCAGUAUUUCAGUACAUGGACGAAAAGGCCAUGGAACAAUCACCUCUUCUCUUUUGAUCGUUAAAUGCAGUAUAAAUGGUUUAGGAACAGAAUGGUGUAUAGACAUACAAUUAAAAUAUAACAAAGAUACAGUACAAACAGAAAAGAACCUGAAGUUCUUUGUGGGAGUCAGAAAAUAUGAUAUACAGGGGGUAGAAAUAAGGGAAGCAAAAUAUUGCAAAUUUAAAAGUGACUAAUUGUUAAUUAAAAAGCAAUAUUUAUAUAUUUUUAUUUGUAGCAAUUACACUAUUUAACAAUACAUUAUUAGAGAUGAACACCUUUCAAAAUCUACACUUUAAAGAUUUAAAGCAAUAUGUGCCACAAGAUAGAACACACACAAGUAAGAAUUGUUUCAGAAUGGAAGAAUGCUGUAAAAGCCAGUGUUCACCGACAUGGUUAGGAAGACAGUUCAAAGGUUGCCUGCUAUAUAAUGCAGAAUAUCAGCAUUAAUCAUACAUCAGAUUUCUAUUCAACCUCCUUGAUCAGCGUUAGUGUUGACACAGCUACAAAGCUGGUGUUUAUAAGUGAGCAGUCAUUCUAAAAGCAGUCACAAGAAUGUCUGUGUUGCCGGCAAAACUCACACAGGCCCAAGGGAGCUCAUUCUAAACGAGUAAAAGGAUUCUGUUUCUCCACUUUUUCCAAAGAUCAGUGGAGACCUAAUGGGGCAUUCAAAGCCUCUGGCUCAGUGCUUGCCAUCUAGCAGCAGAUUUCCAAAUGCUCUACACCCACAAGUAUUGAAAUUCCACAAGUGCUUAUAAUGAUAGUCAGUUCAUCCUGAAGAAUCAACCAGUGUCAUUUUUCCCCACUACAAUGCAUGAAGCUGCUUUAAAGACAUAACUAUAGGCAUGCAUACUGCCUCAUACGUACAUUUUUGUCUACCUCCCGUAUAUUCAUAUUAUAUUUGAGGUAUGCAGUAUGAAUAUUACACAGAGUACAUAUUCUGAAUGUUCAAAAGAACAUGCAGACAGGUGUGUUUUUGAUGCAAUGGAAGCUAUUUCCUGACUGCUGUCCCUUAAGUGAGAACAAACAAGUUACAGACAUCUUCGCCCACUGCUCUCAUGAGAGCAUAGAAGGAAAUGUGCUGCGAUGCUAAGGAAGUCCCUCCAGUAUCCACAAACAGCAAUCUCUCCUAGAAGAUAUAACCAAGGAGUGACAGACUCCAGGCCUGGAGGGCCAGAGUCCAGCACAAUUCUGAGAUUUCCCAAUGUUAGCACAGCUACUAAACCAUGUCAUUCACCGAUGACUUGAAUCAGAUGCGUUUGAGGGAGAAAUUACCCAACUGUGCCGGCCACUGGCCUUCUAUCAGCAGAGUUGGUCUCCCCUGAUUUGGACAGCCUCUGGCCUACAGAGAAAAGCAACCUUUCAUUAGUCUUAAUAAGGUGUAAUUUAAGAUGCUUUUUACCCUAACCACCAGUUGCCAGUAGCAGGAAUAGUCCUCCUAGAGUCCUGAAUAGACUUGCAAAAAGGCAUCAUGAGAAGACACUGGAACCUGGUAGCUCUUAUUAAAGAUAUUCUCUGAAAGAUUCCACUGAUUAAAUGAAAUUUGUAGCUGCAUCAGACACAGCUAAAAUACACACUGCCAGCAGCCAGCUGGGAGUGGCUUUGUAUUAUUUAUGGUGAUACAGUCUGGAAGAGCAUUAUUUUCAUGACAUAAGGAGCGCAGAUAUCAGUGCUUGCCCUCACUAUCUGUACAUGUCUCCCUGACCAUUUUUCUCUAGUUUAUUCACUUGUCACAUGGUUUCUGGGGUAAAUGCUACCCAGUCAGGCUAUGUGAAUUACUGGUAUGAUGCCUUAUCAAUAAGAGUCAUUUUAAUUGUGAAUUACUCAGAUAUCCCAGCAGCUAAACGCAUAUCACCGGGUCUUUCCCAACGCAAAGCACUUGUUCUGACAUUGUAAGAAACAAAUUCAAACUGUUUCAUGUUUUAUGCCAUUUCGAAAGGUCCGGUAAUGCUGAUGCUCAGAGAGAGACAGAAGUAGUGUGGCCUAUCACACUGCCAUCUCUCACUACUCGCACAUUCUAACAUCCUAAAGGCAGGGGGCCAGGACGCGGUAGCCAAAUGCCAGCUGCCAAACAACCCACUGCCACACUCACAGAGCUCUGGACUGGGUGCUGUACACGAGUAUCACAAAUGAUGUCACUCCUCGUCAGAACAGGCUCCAAUGAAACUAUACGAAUGCUCGGGGGGAAUUGGAAAUGAACUCACAAUCAUACUGCAACGUCAUGGCAACUAUGACUCUGUAGCAACUCGCCACAGGAAUAUGAAAUCCUGUGGUGUACAUGUUUUUGUCUUUGGUUGUCAUUUUAUUUUUUUCUUAAUGUGAGGUGUUAAGGAAUCAACUUUUUCCCUUGGAAAGGGCUUGAAUGAUUGUUCUUUUUAUUAGUCAUAUUAAAAUGGUGAUUUGAGUAAGUGGCUCUGUGGGUGAUAAAAUCUGAAGAUAUAUAUUACAAAUCUAUGUUACUGGUUCAUGUACUCUGUACGUGUGUGUGGGCCCUGGUAAUGCCAUGUAAC